AUGUUUUCCUUCAUGUUUCUCCUUCUCCUUGUUCCACAUGUGCUGUUGUCCUCGACACAUGUAGCAGUGAUCUCCCCUCAGGAUCCCAUCCUGCGCAUCGGCUCCAGUCUGACAGCCACGUGCACGCUGAGCCCCGAGCUCGGCCUCCACGCCAGCACGUUGUACUGGACACUGAACGGGAUGAGUCUGUCCGGCGGCACCUACAGCGUGCUGAGCCCCGACUCCCUGAGCGUCACGCUUCACAACCUCAACGGCUCCCAGCAGCAGUCUGGAGACAACCUCGUGUGUCACGGAGCAGAUGGACACGUCCUGGCUGGUUCGUGUCUCUAUGUGGGCAGGCCUCCAGAAAAGCCAGUCAAUAUAACGUGUUGGUCCCGCAACACGAAGGACUUGAGCUGCAAGUGGAGCCCGGGGGGGCGGGGUGAGACCCACGUCCGAACCACAUACACCCUCAAGUACAAAUUGAGGUGGUACGGGAGAGAGAAGGAGUGUGAAAUGUACAGCACAGGGAAGCAGCGAUACUCCUGCUACAUUCCCCGCAACCUUGCCCUCUUCACUCCCUACGAGAUCUGGGUGGAGGCAGCCAAUCAGCUGGGCUCUGCCACCUCUGACAUCACCACCCUGGACAUCCUCGAUGUAGUGACCACUGACCCUCCUGCCAACGUUCAGGUGAGUCGUGUCGGCGUCCUCGAGGACCAGCUGACGGUCCGCUGGGCCAGCCCCCCCGAGCUCAAGGACAUCCUGUUUCAGGCCAAAUAUCAGAUCCGCUACAGACUGGAGGACAGCACUGAAUGGAAGGUUGUGGAUGAUGUUGGUAACCAGACGUCAUGUCGGCUGGCAGGCCUCCGUCCCGGGACCGUUUAUUUUGUCCAGGUGAGGUGCAAUCCAGUGGGUAUCUACGGCUCCAAGAAGCCCGGCAUCUGGAGUGACUGGAGCCACCCGGCCGCCGCCUCCACACCCAGCAGGGAGCGGCUGCAGAGCGGCUCCUGCGAUCCUAAGCCCGAUGAGCAGAACUCCACCCUGCGGCGGGAACUCAAGCAGUUCUUCGGCUGGGUCCGCAAGCACGCGUCCGGCUGCAGCGGCAUGUCAAUCAAACUGUACGACCAGUGGCGGGUGUGGCUGCAGAAAUCACACAAAACACGCAACCAGGUACUACAAGACGAUAAUUCAUAGCAGCGCCGCUCAGCACGACUGUGGUGUUUAAUUCAAGAACAGCAUCAAGAAACACUGACGGAUAACUGGCCCCGAGGGUCCCAGCUGUGCGAGAGGUCAGAAGCCCCGCCUGAGGGAUACUGCAGUGUUUGGUAUUACAGCCUUAACUUGAGUUUAAAGGGCCCGAGUGGAAGAUUAAAGUGAGACAAUGCAGCCUUUUUUCUGCCUUUUCCGCCGGCCAAAUCUGUCCGUUAGAUCAGUUUGCACAAACACAAAUGUUACAGCCCUCAGUAACUGCACUUUUAUUCUGAAAGAAAAAAGUUAUAGUCACAAUUAGGACUUUUUAAUAACUUAAUGUAAGAUAAGGAAGUUUUUAAUGAUCCUUUGAUGAAUGCUACUAACGCAUUACUGCAACAUUGCAGUGGCAGGACCAUAAGGGAACAUUUUGUUCCAAUGUACAAAACAACCAUAGUACCAACCAAGUAUUUUUGGAAAGCUGUUGUUUUCUCCAAGCAAAUUUUCACUAUCAAUUAAUCUGCG